AAGUAAGUUAAUAUUCAAGAUUAAUGCUUUGUUAUAGCGUAUACUAAAUCUUACAAUAAAAUAGACCGAGCAAUUGAAAGAAUACUAAAUCUUCACAUUUAGGAAAAUAAUUUAAAACAUAAACAUCAAAAUGGAGUUAGAAAAGGAUUUGACAAGUAAGUUCUUGAGUGGGGAAAUGUCUUUUGCUGAAUAUUCCAAUGAAUGGUACAAUAUUGAAGAUGAAGAAGACGUCGACGAAGCUAGUAAACGAAAUGACGAUGGACCCUUAUUAUUUACUGAAAAAGGAAUGCACAGACGCCGCAAAUAUGCUCGUCUGCCACCAGGCCUCCUCGGUUUGAUGGGUGAAGCAAACUUGCGAUUUGUUAGAGGAGAUAAAGAUACUGCUGAAAAGAUGUGUCACGAAAUUAUUAAGCAAUUUCCAACUGCUCCUGAACCAUACCAAACACUAGCUCAAAUAUAUGAACAAGAUACUGAAAAGUCACUUCAGUUUUCGCUUCUAGCAGCCCACUUGAGCCCUCCAGAUGCUGAAGAAUGGCUGAGACUUGCUGCAAUAUCAAAACAAAGGGAAGAUUACAAACAAGAGAUGAUUUGCUACACACAAGCUAUAGCAGAUGAUCCGCAUAACUUUGACAGUCAUGUAAAAAGAAUGGAGCUUCUUGAUAAACUAGAAAACAUGAAAUAUCCUAUUCAGACCUUACAUAUAACCAAACUUAAGUGUUAUCACAAAAUAGUAACCUCAUUGCCUGCAUCAGAAGGAGAAACCAUAAUGAAGUAUGCUAAACUGGCUGUAACACAGUAUCACAAUAAUAAUGAAAUGGAACGUGCACUAGCAGUGAUGUCUUCUGCUUAUAAAAAAUGUCCAACACUAUUCACUUUAGAAGACCUUAAUAUAUUCUUGGAAUUGCUAAUUGGUCAAAAACAAUUCCACACAUGUAUUGAAAUAUUUGUUGCAAAUGCAGGAGUUGAAAUAGAAGCUGAAAUACAAACCGUGAAAAAUGCUGAGGGUGACAUAGAGGAGCAGACUAAUUACUUGAAUUGCUCUAUUCCCAACUCCUUGCCUAUAGAUUUAAAGAGCAAGUUGUUGGUCUGUUUCAUUCAUCUUGGAGCCAUUAAUUUGGUUCAAACAUUACUGAAUGAUUUCUUGUGUAAUGAUGUAGAAAAGGCUGGAGAUUUAUAUAUGGAUAUAGAAGAAGCACUUUCUUCAGCUGGACAUCAUGAGUUAGCAAUAAAACUAUUAGAGCCAUUAGUGAAAAAUAAUAGCUUUGAUCUUGGAGCUGUGUGGCUUAAACAUGCAGAUUGUUUGUACAUGUUAGGCAGAGAAAGUGAUGCUAUAGCCUCUUUCUACAAAGUGUUAAAACAUGCACCACAACACCCUGAUGCUAGAAGAAAGUUGUACUCCAUUCUUGAGAAGAAAGGUCGCAUUGAUGAAGCCUUGCAAAUGUUAGAACAAGAUUUUAAAUAUGUGGUUAAUGCCAAUCUGCUUUAUGAACAAUGUUUGGCUUUAAAGAAAUACAACAAGUUACAUAAGUACUUAGAGGUAGGUGAAGCCCUGCUCUCCAAAAAUUUUGUGCGGUUUAGGCAUCAAGAGGAAUUAAAUAUGGCAUGUAUGGUAAGGUGUGGAAUUGAGCUUAUACACAAUUUUCGUACAUUGCGAGGAGAAAGCCAGUAUCAUGAAAAUGAUAUUCACUUUGAUGAAGAUGAACCAUUCAAAUUCACUCCACAGCAAGAAUGGGAUUUCUUUCUAGAAAUGCUGAGGACAGCUUGUAAUCUAAAAAAAUACUUUACAAUGCAAAGAUUAACAUUUGGAGCAAUGAUGUCUAAGAGUUUAUCUCCACAUAGAAUGGAUAUUGAUUUUUAUUGUCUGCAAGCCUGCCUAUUAAGUAAUGAUAACCAUAAUGCCUCUCGUUUCAUAAGAGAGUUUGCUCAGAAGCAUCCAACUUCACGCACCUGGAACUUAUUGAAUCUUGUUAUUAAUUAUACUGAUAGGAACACAAAUUCAAAAUUCUUGUCAAGAUUGUUCCAAAGAGAUACUAGUAAUAAUGUUAUAAAGAACCUGUUCCUGGGAAAUAACUUCCUCAUAUCAGGGAGAUACUUGGUGACAUUGAAAUAUUAUUUAGAGUAUCAUGACAAAUGCAGAGAUCCCUUGUCUGCAUUUUUGAUUGCUGUAACUAUUUUGGUAAUGGCAGCACAGCGAACUGUAGAUAAGCAUCACAAUCUUAUUCUGCAAGGAUUGGCUUACAUGGAAACAUAUCGAAAUUUAAGGAAAUGUGACCAAGAAGCUAAUUACAAUAUGGGAAGAGUUUAUCAAAUGCUGAAUAUCAAUAACCUGGCUAUCGAAUACUAUGAAAGAGCACUGGCUUGUGAACAAGUUGCAAAAUGUGAUCAACAUGGAACUAUUGACCUGACAAAGGAAACUGCCUAUAAUUUAUAUUUGCUUUAUAAAGACCAUUCUCCUUUGAUGGCUAGGAAAUAUUUGAUGAACUAUCUUGUUAUCUAAUAAAUGUGUGUAUAAACAUGCUAACAAAAACAGUUUUAAUUCC